AUGCGACUGCCGCGCCGCACGCCGUACUAUGACGGCGCCGCGAGCGAGCUGGCGUUCGUGCAUGCACAGCUGUAUGGCGAUCGGCACGAUAGAGAGGCUCUUGAGUCAGCGCUGGGAGUCGUGCGUUUGUGGCUGCACCGCGGCUCGUGCCCACAGGCCGUCGAGGCGACGGCGCUCCUGCUGCAGUGCGUGUGCCUAGACGCCACGCGCGCGCCCGAGCUCGCUGUACGCGCGUCCUACGCCAUGGCACUCACGCGCUUUGUCAAUUCGGUCGUUGACUCGUUCCAGACGGGCAUGUAUGCGCAGUCGAUCGGAGCCAUAGCGGAGCGUAUUGGCCUCCCGCUCUGGCUCGUCCAGGUGCGCCACUCGGCCACGCACGAAGAGCUGCCGAGCCUCGACGUGGCGCGAGAGGCCUGUGAGGUCGCCCUGGCGUGGCUCGACGAGCACUACUGGCAGCCGACCGUGCAUCCGCGCACAGAGGCGCCUGCUCCGGACGACACGGAGGCGCGAAAGGCAGCGUCGCUGCAGGCCGCCCAGCUUCUGUACGCGUACCGCCACCACAUGCAGGCGCUGCAGCGCGACGCGAGUCUCGCACAGCUUCAGCAUCCUCCGCAUGAAAAGGCCAAGAACGAGGUCGUCGCGUGGAUCGAAGCCGAGCAUGCACGCCGCCUCGCCCUGCCGGGUCACGGCGACACGGCCGCCCGCCUCAACCGCCAGUGGCACCAGGACGAGGAGGCACCGGCCAUGGACGAGUCGACGAGGCUCUCGCUCGCCUCUGUCCUCGUCCUCCUUGUCGCCGAGCUGUGUGUCCCUGGCGCCCUGCUGCCCAGCAAGCAGCGCCACGCCGUGCCGAGCGAAUGGCUCGCCCUGUGGGCGCCCUUGCUCCUCCACGUGCAGCGCACACACCCCGUGUUCCUCCCUCUGCUGGCCGAUGCGCUCACGCACGUCGACGAAGCGCAUGCGCCGGCCGCGCGCGCGUGGCUCACGCACCUCGCGGCCCUCGACACAGCGGCCGUGCCGAGCGAUGCGCCGCGGUGGACGGCCGAUGCGUCGCUCGAGGCGUGCGCGGCGCAUGAGCACGUGGCAGCACCCGUGCCCUUGUGGCGCGUCGUGGUGCAGUACGCCCUCGAGCGCCCCGACGCAGCAUGGCACGAUUUCGCCGCUGCGCUCGCGGCGGAGCGUGACGACGACGUGUCGCACCGCAUUCAGGAGCUGCGCGCCGUGCGGGCCACGCGUGCGCACACAUCGGAGCCCGUCGACGUGUGUCUGGCGGCGAUGGAGGCACGAGCGCCGGCCCUAGCGGUGGCGCCGGCCCCUACGCUCGAGGCGCCUCCCGCGCCGCAGGCAGUGCCAGGCAGCGCCGCUGCGCCGCCGGGCUGGCAUUUGGCGCCCACGCCCUACAUACCGACGCCCAUCGGGUGUUUGGCUGGCGCACGGCCGCCACUUUUGUUGGGAUAA